CCACCUCUGAACACAGUCAGGCUGAUAGCAUACAGAAGGUUAACUCUACAGGGGUUGAAAUAUUGGGUUAAAAGUAUGAUAUCAUAAUUUUGAUGCAAAGCGGUGUAACUGACUGGAUGUAUACUAAUUCAGAAUGGAUUACUUUCACGGGAUUGUCUGCGUCAGCGAAAAUUUAACAAUUAAAUAACGUUUUACAUAUCAUGAAGCUGAGCUUGUGAUAAACACUUGAUUUACAAGUUUAAAACGUGAAAAUAAUUGCUGUUUUACAAACCACUUAAUGUAACGACAUUGUGGUUUACUAAAAAUAUUUAAACUAUGAUUGCAUACAAUAAAGCAGACUAUCGUUAAGAUAGUAAAAACGUUUCUUGGCUUUCGAAACUAAUAAAUAUAUUUAAGCAAUACGACAAAAGCGAAUAGAGAUAUAUUAAGGAAAUAUCAUGAAAGCAGUACGUAUGUUGUUAUUUAUAAGUUGUACAUGUAUAUAUAUAUAUAUGAAAUCAUUGCCUGGAUUAACAGACCACGUGGAAAUGGAGUCAUUAAAAAAAGAUAACCGGAAAGUGUUGUUUGUUUUAUAAGUGUUUGUGUGUUUUUGAAGAUGACGAGGAUGAGGAUGUAUGAUCAAUAUUGUCAACGGUACGGUGUUGAACGAAUUGUUCUUUGUUGAAUGUUGGCAGCACAUUUCGCUUAGUUCAUAAUGACACAUAUGACAAUUUGUUAUUAUAGGUGUCUUGCACAGAAAGGCGGCGCAAUUCGUUUAAAGUUUCACGUAGAUUAUAUUAAAAUAUUUAAUAAAGAUUUAUGUAUUCGAAACCGUGUAUAAUUAUGUUAAAAACCAUAAUUAAAUAAAUAUGCAUGGACCAUACUUUCAUUUUGUGGAUAUUUUAUUCAAUUAAAAUGAAAUUCGUAAAGACAUUUCCAAUGACCGCAAUCAUUACAUUCAUGAUGUUAGUUACUCCUAUACAAGUGACAUAUGCAAUAAGUAGAUCCAAAUGUGAACUUAACGAUGGCAAAUGUUCUUAUAAUAUUAAUCUGGAAACCUCCGCCUCAUGUGCACCGGAAAAAGAGUCCUACGUCUCAUUCGGCCAAGGGUACGAAACUAUCAAUUACGCAGGAGAUGAAAAAAUGAAUCAGAUGCAGCAGGAUUUCAAUAUUGUUAAAACGGAACACGAAAACAGAAUUAAAGAGUUGGAACUGUCAAUACAGAAAGUGUUACGUAAUGCUAUUUCAACUAUCCCGGUCGAAUACGGCCCGAAACAUGCGGUUGCCUAUGAUACACUUCCGCUACAUGGUCCAGAAAACCGAGCGGAGUUCUCGGAACGGUCUCGUGCGGAGCACGACGUUUCCGGAAACAUGCUUCUCUUUCAACUGCAAAGCCAGUUCAACCGUAUGCGCACUUCCCUCAGUGAACGCACUGCUGACUUGCUCGAAGUGAAAAACAAGCUGAACGAAACCAAUGAUUUAUUGACAGCAGCACAGAAACAGGCUUGGGAUUCGUCAAGCAAACUGGUCCACCUCGAAACCCAUUCCUCUGUGUUGGAACGUGAGGCGAACAUUCUUAGAAACAAACUUAAAGAUAAAACGGAACGACUAGAUUAUGCGAACGAACGUCUCAAUAUAUCCGAAACAAAGCUUGUCAAAGUUGAGAAUCAACUAUAUGAUGUUGUACGUUCCGAGGCAAUGGCGAAGGAGGAACUAGAGACGUUGAAACGUGUGCUGAAUAAAACGCAAACGGAGCUGGAGAAACUAAAAGUUCUACAUGCGGAUAUAAGCAGAAAGUACCAGAAAACGAGAAACACUCUGGAACGACGAGAGACAGAACUAAUGGAAUGUUACUCAGCUAAGACGCAGACGUUCUGUGGGUUUGAGGAUCCAGGCAUGUGCGGGUUCGAGCAGGACAACACCACGGACCAGUUUGACUGGACGCGCAUCCAGGGUCGCACUCCCUCAGCCAACACUGGACCGGAAGCGGACCACACGUGCGGCGAUAGUAACGGCUACUUCAUGUACAUUGAGGCGAGUGGGCGCUCCAAGGGUCAUUCCGCCCGGAUGUGGUCUCCCCGGUACCGCGGCCUCCAACCCCAGUGUAUCGAGUUCUACUAUCACAUGUACGGGCGUCAGACCGGCACUCUCACUGUCUAUAGUAGGCUUUUGACCAGUGAAGAGAACGUGGCGUUAUGGCGCGUGUUUGGUAACCAAGGCAACCUUUGGAUCAAAGCAAGCGUCGCGACGACGGAGGAGACGGCCCGCUCCGGCUACCAGUUGAUCUUCGAGGCUGUCACCGACCUCGGUUACGAAGGUGACAUUUCCAUCGACGACUUCAGCAUCCGGGACGGCGCGUGCGCAGUAGACGCGGCGUCCCUGGAGGCGACGCCACCGCCGCUGACGGACGCCGGAAAGUCAAAACUACUUCAGGAUCAGGUUGAAAGAUAUCGUAAAAUAUUAAGGCGUCGGCAGAGGCUGCGGAACCGGUUGCAUGGAAAGACGGCUGACAACGACGAAGGGGACGAUGACGACGGGGCGCGUUGAUUCUAUAUCAGGAACAUUGGUCAAUUGUUAGACUUUUUAUGAAUGUAUGAUAAGGGUUGCGUUGUAUUUCUUUAACCGCGCAAUUUAUGCGAAUGGCGAUGUAUGUUCUUAUUCAAAGGAUACCUCAAGGCCAAGGUUAAGUUUACGAGAAAUUAAAAACAAGUUCAGCAGGACUUUAUUGCACAGCGUUCAUUGCUAUGCGCCAUUCAGCAGGACUUAAAGGCUUAAGAGAUAUUUGCAUUGCCAUGUCAUUUAAUGAUCGGCGUGAUUUAUACAUGCAUAAUUCUGUGUCGCAUUUGCAUUCAUGCAUGGAAAUAGAGAAUUCAGUGAUUGCAUUAAAUGUGCGUGCACUAAAAUUAUCGAAAAACAGCAAGACUUUUAGAAGAUGUGUCUCUGGUCUGUGUCGAUAGGGAAAAUAGGCCAGCGGCUUCAACAAAAAUGGGUCCGCAGUUAUAGUAGUGCAAAUACAGAGAGGUAUAGACCACUCGAGCCGUGCCCAAUCAUCAACAGAGGGUUUCGCAUACUAAAAUGUUAUUUAGACUCUGUACGUUGUGAAAUGAAAAAUCGUUAUGUUUGACUCGAUUGUGUAUGGUUCAAGAUAUUGCCUUCGUUUAUAUUUGGAUUGAAAUAUCGUUCACUAAUGAAAACGUUAAAUAUUUUCUCAAUCUAUAACAUAUGUGAGAAACGUUAUUCUGUAAAAUGUACAUCGUGCUUAAUUUGCUAUGAUGUUGUACUGGGAACGAUUAUCUUCUAAAGACUUUAUGCUGCAUAUGAAGAUUAGUAAUACACAUACAUAAAUAAAACUUUAAUUUCAA